AUGGCACCACCCGCCGAAGCUAUAAAGGGCUCCGGCUCAGGCUGGAGAUGGAGUGCCUGGUCAACAAAGAAGAAGGCCGCACUCAUCACCGCCAUGCUCUUCACUCUUGCUCUCGCGCUCGGACUCGGUAUUGGACUGGGACUCGGUCUCAAGGACGACGAUAACAACAACGACAUCGGCAAUGACAAUGGAGGCGGCGACAACAACAACAACAACGGAACGGACACCGGCGACCUCUGGCAACCGGCUGUCGGAACACCCUGGCAGAUUGUGCUCAAGUACGCGCUAAACGAUACGUCGGUUGAUGUACCAGUCUACGACAUUGAUCUCUUCGAUAACCCUGUUUCCACCAUUGAAGAGCUUCAUGAUCUCGACCGCAAGGUCAUCUGCUACUUCUCGGCGGGCACCUACGAGGACUGGCGCGAGGACGCUUCGGACUUUCCCAAGGAGGACAUCGGCGACAACCUCGAUGAAUGGGAGGGCGAGAGCUGGGUGAAUAUCAGCUCAAAGGCGAUUCGGGACAUCAUGAUUACGCGGCUGGAUCUUGCGCAACAAAAGGGGUGCGACGGCGUGGAUCCUGAUAAUGUCGAUGGGUACGACAAUGAAAACGGGCUUGGGCUGACCGAGGAGGAUACGAUUGACUACAUGCGGUUCCUUGCGGACGAGGCGAGCGACCGUGGGCUGUCGAUUGGGCUUAAGAACGCGGGUGCGGUGAUUUCGUCGGUUAUCGGGAAGAUGCAGUGGAGUGUCAAUGAGCAGUGUGCGCAGUACGACGAGUGCGAUGUGUAUGCGGCGUUUGUGCAGGCCGGCAAGCCCGUCUUCCACAUCGAGUACCCCAAGGGCGACGAGGUGAACAAUAACGUGGCUGUGACGGGGAGCGAGAGGAGGGAUGCGUGCAACUUUGACGAUUCGAGCGAGUUCUCGACGCUCAUCAAGAACAUGAAUCUGGAUAAUUGGUAUCAAGAUUGCCCGUGA